GUGGUUCUGUGUGAGCUGAUCAGCUGACUCCGCCGGGGGAGGAAGAGGAGAAGAAGAUGGAAGGGAACAGAGACGAAGCAGAAAAAUGUAUAAAUAUAGCGACCAGAGCCCUCGAAGCCGGAGACAAGGAGAAAGCGGUGAAGUUUCUUAACAAAGCGGAGAAACUGUACCCGACUGACAGAGCCAAAGCUUUGUUGGAUGUGUUAACAAAGAAUGGGAGCUCGGCGGGUAAUGGCGCAUAUCGAAGGCGACCAGCAGAAAGCUCAGAAAGCUCCGGUGCCCAGCCACAGAGGGAAAGCCAAGAAUCAGGAGGUGGAGGUGAUUCUUCUAAAACCUUCACCAAAGACCAGGUGGAUGGGGUGCAAAGAAUAAAGCGGUGUAAGGAUUACUAUGAAGUGCUGGGUGUCAAUAAAGAAGCCAGUGAGGACGAGCUCAAGAAAGCCUACAGGAAACUAGCGCUGAAGUUCCAUCCAGACAAAAACCAUGCACCUGGAGCAACAGAGGCCUUUAAAAAGAUCGGUAAUGCUUACGCAGUGCUGAGUAACGCUGAAAAAAGACGACAGUAUGACCUGAACGGAGGAGAGGAGCCAAGCAGCCCGGGUCACUCACACAGUGGAGGAUUUGAUUUCCACAGGGGCUUCGAAGCCGACAUCACUCCUGAAGACCUCUUCAACAUGUUCUUUGGAGGUGGCUUCCCCUCUUCGAGCGCACACACCUUCACCAAUGGCAGAACGAGUUACAGCCAUCAGACAGAUUACCGACAAGAGAGAACGGAAGAAAGAGGAGAUGGUGGCUUCUCAAUGUUUAUCCAGCUGAUGCCCAUUGUGGUCCUGAUUUUAGUGUCAAUACUGAGCCAGAUGAUGGUGUCUCCUCCACCUUACAGCCUCUACUCUAGGCCGUCCACGGGGCAGACCUUAAAACGGCAGACAGAAAACCUGCACGUCGACUACUACGUCACUAAAGACUUCAAGUCGGAGUUCAAAGGCUCGGCGCUGCAGCAGAUUGAAAAAAAUGUGGAGGAGGACUAUGUAGCUAACGUCAGAAAUAACUGUUGGAAGGAGAGACAGACAAAAACAGACCUGCUGUACGCUGCUAAGGUGUACAGGGACGACCGAAUGCGCAAGAAGGCAGAGCUCAUGACCAUGGAUAACUGCAGGGAGCUGGAUAGACUAAAUAGCCUAUUCAGGGGCGGAUGAGCUUUUAGAUCAUGUAAAUGUAUAUGAAUAGAUGUGUAUGUUCAUGUUUUUUUAAGGAAGAGUCUUUACAUUAGGAGCAAAAACUUAAUGAAAUAAUUUAGCUCUAUUGUUGAAAUUCUAAGAUGCCCCCUCUCCUCAUACCCCUGCCCCCCUCCUCACUCCAGCCUGACCCCAGGAAUCGCCUUGUUACAACUUAAUGAAUCAGUCUACAGACACUGUAGAAAAGCACCCAGACAUGUUCUUUUGUUUACUCUGCUUUUCUUGUGUUUCGCUGGAACCAAGAAGGACAAGGACACUUGAUUGUAAAGGCAUGUGCUUCGAGACGCGUAAGAAAAUCAUCCUCUUUAAGAUCAGCCAACAGCUUUCGUCGUCAUCUGCUCGUCAUGAAUAUAAGAUGAGAGACCUUGUAGGUUCAUCUGAGGGUGUCGUCCUCUAGCCAAAUCCAUUUCCUGAAGAACAGAGAAACAAAACAGGGAAACACAGAAUGCUUCUUUCAGCUUUCGACUCCACUCCAAGUGUGUAUGAAGAUCAGUGGAUAAUGAAGAGUUAUGUCUGAUUUUGCUACUAGAGAACAUUUUUAUGUUUUACGUCCACUUCAGAAUGUGAAGCUGGUUGGGACUUAACAUGGAAGGACACUGAAACUGUUAUUCAUUAAUGGUUGUACAUUUUCAUUUUGGAAUGUUUGAAAUUUAUGCAGUUAUUUAAGUAUCUAUAGAAGAAAAGGUUUUUCUUCAAUGCUCGCCUAAUCAUUUAAAAUAAAGUCAAAUUAUUACCAUA